GUUCGGAUUCUACUUCCUGAUCUGUCCUGCUAUCAUCGUCAUAAGCUCGACUGCGGGGCAGCCAUGGAUGCCGAACUUGCGACGAGAUUCCACCUUUUAAUAUAACUCAUGCCGUAUCUCGUCUUCUUCUGAAGCCUUCCUCUGUCACUUCCUAUCUCAUAGCACAAAAUCAUGUCUGUCGAAACCACUGCCACAAUCGCUUCCUUUGGGGGUAAGCUCUUGAAGCUUGCCCACAAGGCUGCUUCGACCAAUUGCGAGAUGAAGUUUAACUUGUUCCUUCCUCCUCAAGCUCUCAAGAGCUCGGCAUCCAAGAUCCCUGUCCUCAUCUACCUCUCCGGUCUUACCUGCACCGGUGACAACUGCUCAGAGAAGGGCUUCUUCCAACACCGCGCCAGUGAGAAGGGUAUUGCCGUUGUCUACCCCGACACUAGCCCCAGAGGACUCGGUAUUGCCGGUGAGGAUGAUUCGUACGACUUUGGCUCAGGUGCCGGCUUCUACGUCAAUGCCACCAAGGAGCCUUACAACAAGGGCUACAACAUGUACUCGUACAUUACCGAGGACCUUCCUAAGGCCCUCUUCUCAUCUUUCAAGCAAUUGGACUCGGACAGAGUCAGUAUCACUGGACACAGCAUGGGUGGUCACGGUGCCUUGACCUUGUUCCUCAAGAACCCCGGCAAGUACAAGUCCGUUUCCGCAUUCGCUCCCAUCGCCAACCCCAGCAACUGCGACUGGGGUAAGAAGGCCUUCUCGGGUUACUUUGGCGAGGAUCAGAAAGAAAAGUGGGCUGAGCACGAUGCCACCGAGCUCAUCAAGAAGUGGAAGGGUCCUCUGGAUAUGCUCAUCGAUGUCGGCACCGGCGACAACUUCUACAAGCAAGGCCAACUCUUGCCCGAGAAUUUGACCAAGGCUGCCGAGGAGUCAGGCAACGACAAGGGUGUCAACCUGAGAAUGCAGCCCGAUUACGACCACAGCUACUACUUCAUGUCUACCUUCGCCGAUGACCACGUCGACCAUGCCGCAAAGUACCUCUUGGGCUAGUGAGUAUCUUUUCACACACAAUGAGGGGCAGUGGGCACACUAAUUAUGCCUCAAGCCGCCCGCUUAAACCAAACCUCUAGGCACAAUGUAAAUUCCCACGCAUAACGAUAUUCAAUUAUGAUGACAAUAUCACUCCAUCCUAUAAACUGGUUGGUUCGAUGUAUAUAACCCCAAUAUACUCUUUGAGAUGACCAGCGCAAUUUCUCUGUGGCCACCUCAAUCUAUAUACGAACGACUUCCGUAUAAACCGAAGCAGC